CCCCGAUGUAAUUGGCUCACAACAGAGUUGCAGGCGCAGCACACUUUGCGCCGACCAGAGAGCAAAGAACGAUGGUUGUACAUGUUCGCAACCUCAUGACGCCAUGGUGGAGCUGCCAGACCCAAACAUGGCCGGGCCCAAAACCGGCUUCUUUGGAUCGCCUCUACUGUGGGGUUCAACUAUCUUCGCGCAUGAAGAUAAACGAUGAGGGAUAAUAUCUCUGUUCCGGCGCCAUUGGAAUGCGCGUCCAGCAAACCUUGGGUCCGAGGCACGGCCUCCUGAUCGGGGGGGACAAAUGUAUAAAGGCCGGCUGCAUUCCACUGCAAACUCUCUUUCAUCACCGUUCCAUCACUCCCUGAUCUCUGAAAAAAAAGCAGCUUGGCAUCCUCUGCUAUUCUCUACUCUCAACACCAUCAAACACUUUGACCCACCAUGUCUGAUCCCAAGCCCCUCCGCAUCGUCAUGGCCUGCGACGAGGCCGGUCAGCCCUACAAGGAGACCCUCAAGGCGGCCCUCGAGAAGAACCCACUGGUGGAGUGCAUCCUAGACGUGGGGGUCAACUCCACCUCCGACAAGACAGCCUACCCACACCCUGCCGUCGCCGGUGCCAAACUCAUCAAGGAGGGCAAGGCAGACCGCGGCCUCUUCAUCUGCGGCACUGGCCUGGGCGUCGCCAUCUCCGCCAACAAGGUGCCCGGCAUCCGCGCCGUGACAGCCCACGACUCGUUCUCAGUGGAGCGGUCGAUCCUCAGCAACGAUGCGCAGGUGCUGUGUUUCGGACAGCGGGUGAUUGGCAUUGAGCUGGCCAAGAAGCUGGCCAACGAGUGGGUGACAUACCGGUUCGACCCGAAGAGCGCGUCGGCAGCCAAAGUGCAGGCAAUCUCCGACUACGAGAGAGAGCUGGCGGGGACGGUUUAAUCUAGUGCCCCAUCAAACGGCACACUUGUUAUUUUUAUAUUCACAUUCGAGCAAGCGAUCUGGUCGGACUGGCUCCGGGCCUUCCCUUGGAUAAUCGACGAGACAACGAUACCACGAGAGUACGGACUGAAUGGCCGGCCCAUCAGACUAGACUAGUGAUGAACUUAAAGUCAUCUAUCUGC